AUGCUUCAUAAGCAGCACAAAGAGAUCGCCGCUCUUGGUCAUUUCAAUAUUAACGGUUAUUCUAUUGUUUGUAAUGUGAAAGGUGAAACACCAACACAAGUGCGACGAAACAACUCAAGAAACAUGCAUGAGUGGUCAGAUACAAAGCACCAUGAGAACGUUUUAUAUUAUAAGCAAGCACGAAUGGGAUUGAGGGAGCGUCCUGAAUAUUGA